AUGAAUAUAAAUUCUCAUCUAAUAGACUUGGAAUUUGUGCAUGAUAAUGUCUCUAUUGAUGAAAUCUAUAAGUUUUGUAAUCUCAUAUUUCACAAGAAAGAGGAUAAUAUAAAUAAUAUUAUAGAGAUAAAAAACUCAGGAGAGGGAAUUGAACUACCAAGAAAUAAAAGUACACAUAUUACUCCAUACUUGUCAAACCAACACAUUUCGCAAAGUAGUACAAGAAAGAUCAAGGAAGAUCAGUACAAUGAAAAUAUGAAAUUAGCAAAUAAUAACAUAAAUGACAAUACUAAUGGUUUAAAUGCAAUGAUUGAUGCAGUAAAAAGAGCAAAAAAAAGUGUAAUGCUUUUGCAGAAUGAGUUGUAG